CCAAUCGAUCGACGCCAGAUCUCGAGUUACUUUAGUCAAGUUAAGGUGAAGCAAUGACGCGGCUAAUAACUUACGUUGUGGCAAUCAUCGGUAUUGCGCUGAUGUGCGUUCUCGCAGAAGAAGAAAAAUAUACUGAUAAAUACGAUGAUGUCGAUGUCUCUAGUAUACUCGCAAACGAAAAACUGCGAAUGCAAUAUUACAACUGUUUUAUGGGUACUGGACCGUGUAUAACAUCAGAUUCGAAAUUCUUUAGAGAUAUUUUCAGUGAAGCUUUUCAGACCAAAUGCAAAAAAUGUACUGAGAAACAAAAAGAAAUGUUAGAUGAAAUUGUUGUUUGGUACACAGAACAUCAACCCGAACAAUGGAAAGCUAUUGUUGCGAAGACCGUGGAAGAUUUAAAACAAAAGAACACUGGUCAAUAAUUAUGAUGAAUAAACGCGAACAAACCUGAUUCGGCAACGAUAAGAAACUUUACUAUAUUUAUACUAUAAAAUAUUCACAUAAUAUUUAAUUGUUAAAACUGUAGAUAGAUCUUUAGUUUUUCAUAUUCAGAAAAUAUGAUUGUUACAUGCUUGUAUUUUGUAGUGUUAUAUUGUAGAAAUAAAAUAUAGAAAUGUAUUCUUUGA